CUCCUAAAACUUCAGCUUCCAAAAUGUUAGCGCCUAAGCCUUUAGCUCCAAAACCCUUAGUGAAUAACCCUUUAUCUUCUGAACCUUUGACUCCAGUUAUUCAUCAUACUCCUUUAACAAAUUUAACAAACAAUUUUUCGUCACAACAAUGGCAGUUUUUAACCACACAACUUCAAACAGAUUCUUUAAAUGAAAUAACAUCAAAAUAUAAUGAAUUGAAAACAUGUGUUCAAAACCCUCCAGUUUUGGGUCUUUGUUGA